AUGACGGCACAAUGGGCAAAACGGACAGUAUUAAGGUUCACGCCCGUCAGUCUACUGCUCACUACGCUUGCAGUAGCCCUUGCUAUAGGCCUUUCCAUCGGUCUGACCUAUCAUUUCACAAGAAAUGCCUAUGAUCCUUCACGCAAGGACAAAGAUCACCAUGGCAGCGAUGACAAUUCUCCAUCUGCUGCAGAACUACGUCUUCCAACAAGUAUAAAACCGUUAUUAUACGACUUGGUCAUCAAGACGUAUCUGCCUGGCUAUGUGAAUUUUCCCCCAGAAAAGAAUCUCACAUUUGAUGGGCAAGUGAAUAUUUCUAUGGUGGUCGUCGAACCAACUAAAAGUAUCGUUCUCAACGCGAAGAAUAUCACUGUGAUCCCCGAAAAAUGCGAAGUGUCCUCGGGUGAUCAAAAACUUGAUAUUGAAAGUGUGAUGGUCCACGAAAGGCUUGAAAAGCUGGAAUUUCUCUUAAAGAAGCGUUUGGAAAAGGAUCAGGAAAUUGUGCUCAAGGUAAACUACACCGGCCUCAUCAGCAACACCCUUGGUGGACUCUACCAGGCUACCUAUACUACUGCAAAUGGAACUACCAAGAUCGCAGCAGUAUCUCAAAUGGAGCCAACAGAUGCUCGCCGAAUGGUGCCUUGUUUGGAUGAGCCGAGCUUCAAAGCCAAUUGGACCGUCACUGUGAUCCAUCCAAAAGGCACAAAAGCUGCGUCGAACGGCAUCGAAAUUGGAGACGGGUUCGCAAACAUGUUGAUAAGAUUUUUUUCAUUUUUCCUAGGUGCGUAA